AUGGCUUGUUCUUUCUUUCGCAAAUUUCUCACAUAUUUGUCAUCUGAUGAUGAGUUGGAUAUUGUUCUUAAUGCCGAGACUGAUGGAGAGUCAUCGAGAUAUCGUGGCAAUUGCCAACAUCAGAAGUUUAUUCAACGUGAUCAUAUUCAAGGGCAUGAGCGCCUUUUUCUCGAUUAUUUUGCAGAAAAUUCUGUAGAGGCUUACGAGCCCUACUUCAUUCAGAGAAGAGAUAAUACCGGAAGACUUGGUUUCUCUUCUAUGCAAAAGAUAACUGUAGCAUUUAGAAUGCUGGCGUAUGGGGUUACUGGAUAUUUUAUGGAUGAAUACAUACGUAUUAGAGAAAGCAUCGCAAUUGAGAGCCUCAAAAAAUUCUAUAAGACAAUCGAAGCAUUGAUUGCGUGCAUUGGAAGUGGAAAAAUUGUCUCGCUGCCUGGAAAGAGAUAUUUUAUUUUCACGGAAUUUGCCCAAGGGCGUGCUCCUCGAGUCAAUUACACAAUCAAUGACAACGACUACACUAUGGGGUACUAUCUUGCCGAUGGUAUUUAUCUUAAGUGGUCAAUGUUUGUGAAGACGAUUCCAUCACCUUAA